AUGCUACCCUUCUGUAGGGAUGCAAGGUUGGGCCUCCUUCUUUUCCUGAUUUGUUCUGUAAGGAGCUUAUUACCUUUCGGGAAGGAUGCCUUUUGGUUAGACAGAAUUGAAAAUAAUAAAGCCCUGUGGGAAAAGGCUCAAAGUCAGAAAAUGAGAUAUAAGUCUUCCUUGGUGAUGAGAAAACGAUCACGGCUUUACCGAAACACCCUGAAAGAGACAAGUAGCAGCUCCGGACACCAUGGCCCGCAGCUCGCCGCCGCUUCCAGCCCCUCGGUGUUCCUGGACCUCCACAAGCAGUCUCCCCAGGCCUCCCCCAGCCGUCCUUUGAACGGACUUCUGCGUCUGGGGCUCCCCGGACACAUGUACGCACGGCCUGAGUCCUUCGCGCCAGGGCCUGCGGCCCGCAGCGAUGCCCUGGCAGCUGCCGCCGCGCUGCAUGGCUACGGGGGCGUGAACCUGACGGUGAACCUCUCUGCGCCUCAUGGUCCCGGAGCCUUCUUCCGCUACAUGCGCCAGCCCAUCAAACAGGAGCUCAUCUGCAAGUGGCUGGCGUCGGAUGGUCUCGCGCCCCAGCGCCUCUGCUCCAAAACUUUCAGCACCAUGCACGAGCUGGUCACGCACGUCACCGUGGAGCACGUCGGCGGCCCGGAACAGGCCAACCACAUUUGCUUCUGGGAGGAGUGUCCGCGCCAGGGCAAGCCCUUCAAAGCCAAAUACAAACUUGUAAAUCACAUCCGCGUGCACACGGGCGAAAAGCCCUUCCCCUGUCCUUUCCCGGGGUGUGGGAAGGUCUUUGCUAGAUCAGAAAAUCUCAAAAUACACAAACGAACUCACACAGGCGAGAAGCCCUUCAGGUGCGAGUUCGAGGGCUGUGAGCGGCGCUUCGCCAACAGCAGCGACCGCAAGAAGCAUUCGCACGUGCACACUAGCGACAAGCCAUACACGUGCAAGGUGCGCGGCUGCGACAAGUGCUAUACACACCCCAGCUCGCUGCGUAAGCACAUGAAGGUGCACGGGCGCUCGCCGCCGCCGCCCAGCUCCGGCUACGACUCGGCCACGCCGUCUGCCCUCGUGUCGCCCUCGUCGGACUGCGGCCAUGAGCCCCUGGUGGCCUCCUCGGCGGUGGUGGCGGCGCGUGGCGCCGACCUGAGCGAAUGGUACGUGUGUCAGGGCGCGGGCCCCGCUGCGGCUGCCCCCGCCGCGCCCCCCAGCUCCGCGCCACCACCUGGCCCCGCCGCUGCCGCCGCCGCCACCGGUGUUAAGGCCGCUGCUGUGGUUGCUGCUUCAGGGCAUGCCCACCGCGUUGCUCUCAAGGUAAUCUCGCCCCGCGCAGCUGAGUGCCCACAUCUCGCGCCUGAGACAUCAAAGGCCCGCGCACAAAGCAGUGUUUCUUCGCCACGGUGCAUCUUCAUGGGAUCUUCCGAGCUGGAUCCCGCCCCUUCGGGAGUAUUGAUUGCCCAGAUCUGCGGACUGGGGGCACAGCCCCCACGACCUCCCCAGCCCUCAUGGGGAUCUUUGAUGGGUUUUAGCAUCUGA